GAUCAAUGGCUGUACAUUUUAUACCCGACACUGAUUGACAUUUCAAAGCCUGCCUUCCUUAUUAUUUAUUCCUUUGAAUACUUCGCUUAUUUUCUCUUGUCGGUCGUCUUUCGACAAACUCUUUACUACUCUAACCGUAUCAUCGUUAGAUUUACCAGAGAGUUAAAAAUCGAAUAGAAAUGAAAUUACACGGAGCAAUAUGUGGUUUAUUUCAUAUGAUGUUGAUUUCGUUUGAUCUUGUGAAGGCACAGACAAGGACAGAAUUCGUCAAGGCCAUGUUAAUGGACUAUGAUAAUAAAGUCACUCCAACUUUUGACCUUGGAACAGCAACAAAAGUUGAUGUAGCUCUGUUUAUAAAUAGUAUAGAUAGUAUCAGUGAAACUACCAUGGAUUUUAGCUUGAAUGCUUUCGUCGUUCAGGAAUGGACAGAUCCAAGAAUUCAGUUUCACGGUCUAAUAGAUGCACCAUAUCUAGAACUAGAUUCCAAGUUAAUUGAUGAUGUUUGGGUUCCCGAUCUAUAUUUUUCCAACGAGAAAACGGCAGCAUUCCAUACCGUUACCGUGCCAAACAAAAUGUUACAUCUCUACAGCAAUGGAAAAGUUGUGUAUCGAUUAAGAGUUUCUAUAACAGCUACGUGUCCAAUGCAGCUACAAAAAUAUCCAAUGGAUAGCCAGAUGUGUUCAUUAUAUAUACAGAGUUUUGCUUACUCUAAAAAGAGUCUUCAGUUCAACUGGCGAGUGUCUGAUCCUGUUAAAACUAAUAGUAUGUUACAAUUACCACAGUUUGAUUUACAUGGAGUUGUAUCUAGAAAUUGUUCAGAAGAUCGAGAUCAAGAAAACUUUACCUGUAUAGCUGUGGACUUUUAUCUUCAACGGAAUAUAGGAUUUUAUAUGAUCCAAAUCUAUGUACCUAGUAUGUUAAUUGUAUUGCUAUCCUGGGUGUCUUUCUGGUUAAAUGUGGACGCUGUACCGGCCAGAAUAUCAUUGGGUAUUUUAACUGUUUUGACAAUGACAACCCAAAAAUCAAUGGCCGUAUCAUCUUUGCCAAAAGUCUCCUACAUAAAAGCUAUAGAUGUUUGGAUGGCAGCCUGCUUGUGCUUUGUGUUUGUUGUGCUUCUAGAAUUUGCUCUAGUGAACGUGUUGGAUCGUCGACAGAUAGAACGGACAUCCUUGUAUAGUGUAUCAGCCAAUGGCGAGGAAACCGAUCAGCUAAAGAAUGAAAACUCUGUGAUGAAUGCUAGAGAUAAAUGGAUGACAGAUCCUCUAGGACGCCAGAAGGCCACCAAAGUAGACCAAAUAUCUAGAUUAUUUUUCCCAUUUGCCUUUGUUUUAUUCGUCAUUUUAUAUUGGAUGUGCUAUGUACUAUAAAAUCACUCAAGGGUGUCUAUACAAAUAAGAAAUUGGUGAAUAUUAACUCACAAUUGUCUGUAAAUGGCGAUAACAAACUGUUUAUCCUGUAAGAUUUAAGGAGCUAUUUCACUGUUCAUUAUGAGCUCUAUACUACAAUGAAAACAAUAAUAGUGGGCUAAUUAUAUGGUUACUUCUUAUCAAAUCGUUUUUUGUGACCGUAACGAUCUAAAAUCUAAACACGCCUUACUUAUUCUCUCGAAAUUAGUAUGUGUGCUUACGGGUACUUCAGUACGAUUAUACCCAAUUAUUUUUUGCCUCUAGUUUAAAGGGAUAUAUAUUUAUUUGUUGUACUUAUAUCAUAAUGAAUAUUUACAAUAUAUAUUGCACAUGCACAUUCAAACAUCGGCUCCUUUAUAGAAUUGUUGCCAUUUGGAGUAAGGUCAAAACAAAUCGGAAUCAAAAUGGGGGCUGAAUAUCGAUUUGAAGGUUUUUUGUAAAAUCCAAUAUGGCGGCCAAACGGUUGAAAAUGUCACAAAAAGUUUUAAUAUGCUAUUUUAAAGGCACCAAUGUGUUCCUUAUUCCUACCAAGUUUCAACUUGAUACCUCAAUUACUAAUAGAUAUACGCCAUCUAGAAUGUCGAAAAAAUGCUGAAGAAAACUUUCGCAAAUCUUUGAUGCUAAAACUAAUCGAACGAACUACCGAAUUUCGAAAAACCGUCAGUCAGAGCCCCUAUGGGAUUCGUCCAAAGAAUCCAAAACUCAAAAUCCAACGAAGAUCCGUUGAAAAAUAACCGAGAUAUGGGCAAUCUGAGAUUAUUUUUUGCCCCAUCCGUAAACACUUCCUGUUUGUCAAAAUUGACCCAAACUCUGACUAAAAUCUGCAAAAAAAAAAAAAUAAUAAUAAAAAUAACUCUUACGAAAACAAUACGUGUUUCGUACCGAAUUUACGUUAAAAUUGAAAAAAUAGUUUCUAAACACACUAAGACGCGGCACCCGCAUAUUUAUUCCAUCAAACACAACUCUUCUGGAUGCUUGGUCUGCGACAUAAAUUAAUAAUGGCAUUGAUGAAAUUGAGUUUUUUUUCUCAUUAGACCAUUCACCUUCACCUGGCAAUUUCUUCACCAUAUAGGGGUGGCAUUGGUUUUAUUGGUUUCAUUAUGAUAUAUUGGUUAUUGGGUGAACACAUUUCAAAUUGUAGGCGACAGCCAAAUACAUUCUACCUAUUCGCGAACACUUUUUAUGUAAAAGUUUAUUAAUACUAUUAAUUGACCUUUUAUAGACGUUCUUCAAAGAAAGCCGACGGAUUUCACCCUACGCCCUUUUGCGAAUUUUGUACGAUAUGACAAUACACCAAUAAUUAUAAUAUGUCCUGUACAAUUGGUUUCAAAAUAUUACCUUUGAAAAGGUUAUCGGCUAUAGAAUUAAUUUCCACUAAUUUUGACAGUUUGAAAAUUUUCAUUGCAAGAAUAAUUGGGGCUACAUGUACAUGCGUCAUAUAGACCAUUAUUAAACAUCAAAGUAAGCUUUGUAUCCAGAUGCUAGGACUUACACACAGUAAAUGGACUGAGUCGGAAUAAAAGUGAAACAAAUUUAACUAUCAUGCUUUGGUGCAGUGCUAUUAUUCGGACAUUGACAUCUCAUGACGUCAAUUGUUUUCUCCGUCAUGGCAAAUUUAGUUUAAAACGGCUGUAAUAUCUGAAAUUAUCUCUUUAAAUUGCGUAGAAAAAUAUGAAAAAUUGUUAUUUGUAUAGAUUUUUAAUGAAUAUUUUUAUCGCUAAUAUCGCACUACGCUUUUUCAAAUCUGCUGCUAGAAAAAUACCCACCCUGUGCAUUCGUAUAUAGUAGUUUUAUUGUAACCUUUGUAUUUAUGUAGCAUGUAUACUUAAUUUGAUGAUUGAUUCCAAUUAAUGUACGUACAUAGAACUGAGAUAACCUCAUUUGAUUUUUACGUCGAUCUAUCAAGAUUGCUUUAGAAUGUUUUGCGUUAUUUACUCUCAAGUGUAUUAUUAUAUAAUCUAAAUACAGCCGCCUUAUUGCAAAUUAUUGUUCUGGUUUUUACGCAUUUGUUUGAUAAAACAAGUACAGACUCACAAUAAAAUUAUUGAAUAUAAUUGUUUUUGAAAUCUGAAUAUAGCUUAUGUGUACGUUACCUUGUAGCGAAAGAGUUAUUUUAUCACUGUAUUAAUUUGUGAGAGAAUGUUUUUUCUGCUUGCCUUAUAUACUUGUAUCGCAGAGAACAUCGAGUUUCUGCAUAGUUAGGUUUAUAAAGCAUAAACUAUUAUUCAACCGCAUACUGUGCUAUUGGUCUGUUAUUGGUAUACUGUCAAAAUUUAACCGAUCAAAAUUCGUGUGCGUCUGGUAUACACAGUUCCAAUAUAUCUUGUCCAUCAUUAUUUGAAAGGAUCUAUAGAAAUCAACUCCAGAUGACAGAGAUAUAUCCACUAAAGAUCAAAAUGAAGAAGGUUAAGUUCGGGUAUCAGAAUCGAGAAAGCCAGCUAGCCUACUGUGUUAUGGAAUUGAAAUCAAUAUUAAAAUGAGUUCCUUUAUAAAUCUGCAUAAAGAAAUUUUAGUGAAAGUUAGCUGAUUAAGUUUGAUCGAUUGGGAUUUUUUGAAUGAAAUCUAAUUACAGCUGGCAUUUCCCUUCUUCUUUUCACAAAUUCCCUUGGGCACUCAUUUUAUCGAAUGAAUCUUUUCGCAAUGAAAGGCAUAUACGAUACCGUAGUUUACCGUUUACAUAAAUAUCUCAGUAAUUAACUUUCUGGACACUAAAGGGAAGUGUGUGUAUUAUUGAAUAAUGAACUAUGAUUGAAAAUAAUAAUCUUGACUUUGUAUACUCAGUAGGACGUUAAACACCAUUUCAUUUCAUCUCAUUUAUACUCAGUAGGCCAUAACAGGCCCGGUGGAGUAGGGGCCGGGUGGGGGAGGCUAGGAAAUUUGGACUCAUUAUGGUGUAACGGUGAUAUAUUUGAACAAAAAAAAAUAAUGUGACAUCUAGAGGGUACAAUCAGGGGCCAUAAUCAGAAAGUUACGAUCCAAUACGCUCCAAUAUCGAAAGGAACCCAGAUCUGUAAAAUCGGAUGAAAAUCUGACCUGUAGAUGGUCCACAACCUUGGUAUUACAUGCUUUUACACUAUUUGCGUAAAGGGGAGCGGCCCUUUUGUCGGGCAGUUUCGGUCCGAUUUUCACGAAAUUUAAUCUCAACUGUAAUUAUUAUAUAACGGUGAUAUUUGAACGGUUUUUUACAAUCAAUUGAAACGUGUGGCCUCUAGGGAGUCGAGAAGCUCAAAAUGUGACUUUUCGUACAAUCAGGGGCCAUAAUCCAGGAAUAUCACGAAAUUUAAACUCAGCCGUAAUUAUGAUGUAACGGUGAUAUUUGAACGGUUUUUACAAUCAAAUGAACAUUGUGACCUCUAGAGAGUCCAGAAGCUCAAAAUUUAAUUUUUGUACAAUCAGGGGCCAUAAUCCAGGAAUAUCGACAGGAACCGAGAUCUUUGUGUUAUAAAUAUACAUCAAAAUCGGAUAAAAAAUUGUGACCUUUAGUGGUCCACAACCGUUAUGCUUAUAUUUGUUCAGUUCAACAUCACACUAAACCACCAUCGACAGCAUUUUUGGGGUAAGGGAUUUAGAAAAUAAUUAAAACUUCCCUGCUGAAUAAUUUCAUUAGCCAGAAAUCGCUCAGAAAGCAUCGACGAUCUAAACCCCCAGGAGCGCUCACUAACAUCUCUGAAGAUCUAGACCCCCAGGAGCUUCAGGGUUCUAGGCGGACCCUGGACCCUCGUCUAAAGUCCGAAGAAAGUAGCCCCCCCCCCCCAAUCAAAAUUUUGGCAUUCGUUGGUUUUGUAUGACUUACAUACCCCCACCCCACAGGCAAUUGAAGGGAUUAAAAUAAAACUUUUUACUACUGCUUGACUAUAUGUUAUAGUAUAUAAAAGGUAUUUCAGACGCCAUCUUUGUUUACACGUCUUCAAGACAUUUCUUCUGCUAUCACCUCACAAUACUCACUAUAGUUCUAACACUACCCGUCGUUUUUAUUGCCAACGAGACCCUAUUUGAUCAUUAUUCAGCUUCUGAUGUAAUUAAAUUGGUCAUUUCACGGCGUUAUUAAUUACAAAUCAAACUUGAAGCGCUAUCACUUUCCGAAAUGUAACUCGAACAGCCCGGAAAUAAGUUGUGUUUGUAGCAGUCUGUAUCACCCAGUCCCUCAUAAACCUAUCCGUUACUCGAAAUUUUCCUAGGAACUGGGUGAUCCAGACUGCACCUGCGGCCUCGCUUCGUAGACUCGAUCAUUUACCGACCAAAUUUCGAGAUAUAUAGUCAAGCAGUAGUAAGAAGUUUUAUUUUAAUCCCUUCAAGUGCCUGUGCCCCACCCCACCCCUUUUCUAAUUUUAAGCCGUUGCUUUAUUCCCACUGUCUUGAACAUUUUCCGGGGAAUAAUGCUACAGAAAUUCGUUUUAUCUUUUGUUCUACCGGGGUAUGAGUGUUUCUAUAUCAUCUCAAGUCAGUGUACAAAAAAUAUACCAGGCCAAACCUCCGGACUUCAUUCAACAAUAUCUGAACAAGGCAUUUUGCAGUGAAAGAUUGAGAGAGGGGGCAGAUGGCUACUAUUUUCUUGCAUAACUAAGAAAUCAAAUCCGUAAGAGGAGGGGGGUGUAAAAACGAGAUCUUACCUUUUAGUUUGUUGUAUUCUAGACAUCGUACGGUACGUGUCCGCUAAGGGGCUUGCGAGAAAUACUCACAGAAGAUCCGGUUUUGUUUACAUUAAACACAGACUAACAAAAGAUCGCUAUUCUUUCACACUAAAAAAUAUAUACAUCGUGGAUAGGUCAAUCAUCCAUCACUAAUUAUUGGUUAGUGAAGUUAUUUUCUAUAUUUUGAACCACGAAUAAAAAACACUAGGCACUUAACUCUUACUUUCACUUUAAUAUCUAUUGCUACAUUAUUCUGUUCUCCUGUUACAUCUAUAUUUGUUGUACUGGAUUAAUGUAAUUUCUGUAAUUGUAUGCUGCUGCCCGUGGCGUUUUUAUGCAUUAAAAUUUACUUACUUAUUUACUUACUUACUUACUUACCUGUUAUAACAAUCAUUUAUUUGAAAAUGAUGCUAUUGUUAUUUUACGAAUUAUUUAUCCAUAUUAUGCCUCACGCACUGUUUACUACUCCACUACUCCGAUAUUGUUUUUAUGCUUAAUUGUGAUUGUUUAUGUAGAUUGUAUUUUUUUUUAAUAAAAUACUAAUCGUUCAAUAUGCCUUCAAUAUAACAUAAACAGUUUUUUAUAAAUCCAAUUACUUUUGGCAGAAACUCAUAUCCCCGUGUUUGCCCAGUUGUUGCGGCAAACUAGGGCGUUAACCCCCAUUUCAUAAGGCUUCUAUACAAUAUUAUAUCAAAUUAAUAAAAAAAUAUACGCUUAUUGUAAUGUUAGUCGUUUUUAACUAUCUGAAUUAGUUAUAAAUCCAUUUUGUCGUAUGUUCUCAAAAUGUUAGCUUCUGACCUUGGCAUUAUCCAACCUUCAGUUUAUAGAAUUGACACCCUUUUAAAGGGGUGGAUUAAGAGAUAAGGUCCUGUCGACUGGGGGGGGGGGCUCUCGUCAAAUUUGGAGGGACCGAUGAUUUUGUUGCUCAGGUCGACAUGAAAAGUGUAUAUAGCGAUGGAACUCGCAUGAUAAAAUGUCUGCGGGAAGGUUAUUCAAACGUUACAAUUCCUUCUGCCAAGGCUUUCCUGAACUCAUCAUGGUUUCCGGGUAUUACGGAUUUUUGCGUGAAAAGGGUCGUUUCAAUAGAAAGCGAGGAUUCUAAUUUGACAGUUGUUCUUCAAUAGAGAGAGUGAAUUUUAAUCACCCACUACUUGGAAACAAAGUCGCCAAAAAAAUUACCGCAUUAUGGGAUAUGAACUUGUGAAAGAUAUUUUACAUAUGUUUAUUUCGAGCUUUCUGACUACCAAAGAUGUUGAUGACUGCCUUGGGAUCAAUGCCGUCCAAAAACAAUAAUCUAUACACUGAAAGUCGAGCGCUGUUGGCCCACAGUGUAACGCAGGUGAUUCGUUAUAAUUAAAUUCUGAGAACAGUAU